CAUUGGUUAAUCUGUGUUGGGCUUAAGAAAUGGAAUUCAAUAUUGAAUCACCAUUUUCAUUUGAUUUGGGAGAUGAACUCUUCCCUCUCCCUUCAAUUUCUUCGUGCAUAGAUAAUAUCUCUGUUCCUCAGUUCCCCUCCAUCUCUUCCUUGGAGAAUGAUAAGAGUGCGUCCAAAAGGUCCAAAAGAAGCAGCCGGAGAAAUCCACCGCCCAUCGCUUCCAACGAUGAGAACCCCAACGAACAAAAAAGGAAGAAGAUUAUGCAUAGAGAUGUGGAGCGCCAAAGGAGACAAGAAAUGUCCUCUCUUUACUCCUCUCUUCGCUCUCUUCUCCCUCUUGAGGGUAUUCAAGGGAAAGCGCUCCAUAUCCGACCACAUGCAUGAAACUGUUAAGUACAUUCAAUAUAUUCAGACAAGAAUCCAGCAACUAUCUGAUCAAAGAGACGAGCUGAAAAGCCUCUCCGACGAAAAUAUGGCCGUUGGUACGGUGGAGACGCUUAUUUCCUCACGGAGGGAUUCGGUGGUGGUGAGGUCGAAAAAUGGAUUAGGAAUUCAAGUUGUUUUAGACACAGCCACCCAACAUAGGCUCCCUGUCUCUGACAUUCUUCGAGUUUUAGCCGUCGAAGGGCUUGAAAUUCUGAGUUGCAUUACAACCAAAGUAAAUGAAAGGUACCUUCAUACUAUUGAAUGUCAAGUUGUUGACAAUGAUGGCUGCUAUCCAAGCAUCGAUGUGUCCAAGCUUCAAGAUAAGUUAACCAAUUUAGAAUAUGUUCCUUUAGAUUAGAAAAAUUAUUGAAUAUGGUGUUUUUUGAAUAAUUUCUUCAUUGGCAUAAAGGUUUUUGUGUGAAUGUUGAGAUAUGUUUUCUAAAAUUCUGAUGUUAUUGUUUUAAUGGCUUUGUAUAAUGUUGUUUCGUUGUACACUGGUGGCUAAGUUCCCUAUGUCAAGUGAGUGUGGCUUUGUGGGAGCUACCAAGUUAUCAAUGAGUAUCAUCUAUGCCCAUUUCCCUCCUGA